CAUGUGCGUGGAUUGCUCGGCAUAGAGCUCCCCUGAGCGCUCUUCCUGGUCAUGGCGGAGAGGAUCGAGCAACGCAUUGAAGACCGGAUCCCCGAGCUAGAGCAGCUGGAGAGGGUCGGACUCUUCACUCGCAAGGAGAUCAGGGCAGUUAUUAAGAAGACCUCAGCCCUUGAAUAUAAAAUACAACGGAGAGCACUUCAUAAGGAAGAUUUUAUCAGUUAUAUUCAGUAUGAAAUCAAUCUAUUGGAACUGAUUAAGAAAAGAAGAUCGCGAAUUGGUUACUCGUUUAAGAAAGAUGAGAUUGAGUACUCGAUUGUGCAGCGAAUACAUGGCAUUUUCAAACGUGCCACAACAAAAUGGAAAGAUGACCUUCAGCUGUGGUUGUCUCAUGUUGCAUUUUGCAAGAAAUGGAACAGGAAAAUACAGCUGAGCAAGGUGUUUUCUUCCAUGUUAGCCCUUCAUCCAAACAAACCAGCUUUGUGGAUCAUGGCUGCAAAAUGGGAAAUGGAGGACCGCCUAUCAUCUGAAAGUGCCCGACAGUUGUUCCUCCGUGCGUUGCGUUUCCAUCCAGAGUGUCCCAAACUUUACCAAGAGUAUUUUAGAAUGGAGCUGAUGCAUGCGGAAAAGCAAAGGAAAGAGAAAAAAGAAUUUGAGCAAGCAAAGAUGGACUUGGGCGAGUUAAAUUAUUCUGAGGAUGUACUUAAUGGUGACAUGGCUCGGAUCGUCUUCAGGAAUGCCACUCAAAAAAUCAAAGGUGCAGAGUUUCUUCUGUCUUUGCUGUCAGUUGUGAAACUUUUUGAUUUUACACAAGACCUUCAAACAGAAAUUCUGGAAAACUUGCAGGCCGAGUAUGCCAACGAUCCUCUUGUGUGGAACUACAUGGCGCGGCAGAAACUGGAGACUGAACUCCUACCAACCUCAGAACACAUGUCUAAACAGUCAAAGGCGCUUGACAUGGCUCGCAAGGAAGAACAGUGCUGUACAGUGUUUGAGGAGGCAGUCACGUUACUGCCCACAGAGGAAAUGUGGAAAUGCUACGUCACUUUUUGCUUGGAGAGGUUUAACCGGAAGACCAACAGUGAAGAGUUAAGGCAGAAGAGACUGGAAAGGAAUUUGAGUGUUUUCACUCGAGCUCACGAUUUGCAGUUGCUGCCUGCUUCUCUCUAUAAACCGUGGCUCCAGCUGCUACUGGAGCUUGGGCUCCAAGAGAAGGCUGAAGAGGUAACAGCGGCAGCAACCAGACGCUUCAGCCAGUCGGUCGAAAUGUGGGAAAUGAGGCUACAGUUGCUACUCAAGCUGAACAGUGAAGGCAUGGCACCUUGUUUCCAGGAAGCUUUUCAAGCGCUGAAAGCGAAGGACAGCUUGCCCCUAUGGAUUUUAUGGGUAGAAUGGAGUGAGAAUGUCAACAGCAAGGCUGAAACUGAAGCACUCUAUCAGAGAUCUUUACUUGCCACACUUCCUGCUGAUUCCGCAACCAUGAAAGAAAAAUACCUUGAAUGGGCUUACAGGACUGGUGGCUAUAAGCAAGCAAAGAAAGUUUUUACCAGUUUGCAUGAAAGCCGCCCGUUUUCACUUGACUUCUUCACGAAGAUGAUUCAGAUUGAAAAAGAGCAAGAAUCCUGUAAAAUGCUCAAUAUCCGAGAAUAUUAUGAACGUGCCUUAAGAGAGUUUGGUGCCACAGACCCAGAUCUUUGGCUGGAUUACAUCAGAGAGGAACUGAAUCAUUCCCAAGGCAAACCUGAGAACUGUGGCAGUAUUCACUGGAGAGCUAUGAAAACAUUGCAGGGAGAACAAGUGGAAACUUUUAUUUCCAAUUACACACUACUGCAAACCGGACACCUAUGAGAAAUGUCAUUGUAGAUGUGUAUCGGAAAAACUACAGGGCUGUACACACUGUUGUUUUUCUUGAACAUACUGUAUUCUUUUUUUCCUUGAAAGGCAGUUCAAUAUAUAUGUUUUGGCCAUAUAA